AAAAUUCCGACCGGUAAAAUUGAAUUUAAAACGAAAGGAACUUAAAAUAUUAUUAGUUUGGCGCAUUUCCGUGUUUCUUGCAGUUCUCAUUUUUUUCGAGGGUUUGAAUUUACACCUGAAUCUGUUUCUGGAGAUACUCAGUUCGAGUCCCUUCACGACAUCGUUCACUGUACGGCUAAGUUUAUUCAAAAUUCAGUAUGGAUCCAGAAUCUUUUCGCUCCACCUUCUCAGAUCUAGCAUUGGGAAAUGCUAUGGCAGCUGCAGCCAGGGAUUAUCAGAAGGAACUGGUGACUCAAGGGAAGCCACAGGCUUCCAGUACUUCCCAUGAAGAAGUUGAUCUGGAUGAAUUGAUGGAUGAUCCGGAACUUGAAAAGUUACAUGCAGACAGAAUUGCGGCUCUUAAGAAAGAAGCUGAGAAAAGACAAGCUUUAGAGAGAAAAGGCCAUGGGGAGUACAGGGAGGUGACAGAAGGUGAUUUUCUGGGUGAAGUUACUGGAAGUAAAAAAGUUAUUUGUCAUUUUCAUCAUCGGGAAUUCGUGCGCUGCAAAAUCGUUGAUAAACAUCUCAAAUUGUUGGCUGCAAAAUAUUUUGACACAAAGUUUAUCAAGGUUGAUGCAGAGAAUGCCCCCUUUUUCAUCACCAAAUUAGCCAUCAAGACAUUGCCAUGUGUAAUCCUGUUUAGGGAUGGAAUUGCUGUAGAUAGACUUGUUGGUUUCCAAAGUUUGGGUGGACGAGAUGAUUUUUCAACAGAGGUGCUUGAAAAUUGGCUUUUGAAGAAAGGUAUAAUAGUUCGUGCAAAAGGAGAAAAUGAAGAUGACGAGGAUGAGAAACCUAGAAAUCUAAGAUCAUCUAUAAAUGAGGAUUCGGAUUCCGAUUAACAUGUAACAUUGGCUAAAUUCUUAAUGCCGACGAUUCUCAUACUUUUUAUGCUACUUUGAAUUGUUUUGAUAUCCUAAAUACUUGUGUUAAGUGGACAGGGAGUCAAAGGCUACGGGUGACUACUAAAAUUUUAGGAUACUCCUCCAUAUUGUAAAUUAAACUAUUGGAUAACUGGGUUAAUUGAGUGGUGCUUUGAAGAUUA